AUGGCCCUCGUUAGACUCUCCCGUGUGAUUCAGUCUCCCGGCUGCUUCGGCACCGCCGUCGUCCACUUCCCAGCUCCAGCCCAAGCAGCCGAAGCGCGCCAUGGUGACGAUCAUCAUCAUCUUCUUGGCGACGCUGCCCGAGGACUGCCCACACGCUUGGACGUGAUGCCGGCGCAGAUCACGGAAUUUUUCGACUGCUGCGGCGGGCUGUGGGCCAAGGGCGCGCUGAUCGGCAAUGUCAUCUUUAGCUACGGCAGCCAGGGCGGUGGUAAUGAGACCAUAGCGUUACCUGCAGACGCCCGCUUGGACGAGAUGUUCGGUACAGGUGUACCGGCAAGUGGGCGCUGA